AUGGACGAUACAGAGAAAAGAAAGGUUGCUGAGCUUUUAAAAGAAAUGAGGAGUACAAAUAAUGAUGGUAAUGAAAGUGCCACCACAGAAUCACGACUUAACUGGAUGUACAAAGGGCCACUGGAUACCAUCAACAGAGAAGAGUAUUUAUUAGGCAAAUCUAUAGACAAAUCAUUUGAAGUUUUAAAUUUUGGCGGUGACAUAGAAAAUUCAGGCACUAAUAUUCCUAAGCGAUUACUUCAAAAAACUGAAAAUACUGAACAAGUUGACAUUGCAAAAAAAAUUUUAGAAGAUCCUUUGUAUGCUAUCAGGCAAAAAGAAUUAGAAGCCAGAAAACAACUUUUAAAUAAUCCAGUGAAAUUAAAACAAAUAAAGCAAAUGCUCUUAAAAAAACAUCAAGAUAGUAAGUCUCAUAAGAAUCACAAAAAAUCAUCUAACAAAGUUAAAAAGUUAAAUUUAAAAAUUGCCAAAAUGUUAAAAAAAUUUUCUGAUGAUGAAAAACAAAAAGCAUUGAAAGUUAUUUUAAAGCCAAGAUCAUUAAGCUCUUCUAGUGAUUCUUUAACAGGAGAAAAAAGUAAAAAUAAUUCACUAAAGAAAAAAAAAAAAAAGAAAAAAUAUUCAUUGAAUGAUUCCGAUUCCUCUACUCAAAGCUCAAUAAGCAGUGACUCAGCCUCUAGCAGCAGCAGCAGCAGCAGCAGUAGUAAUGAGGAAUAUUUUGAAAAUUGUAAAAAUAGAAAAUAUGAAAAAAAGUAUAAAAAAAGAAAAAGUGAAAAAACGCGGAAAAGAAAAUAUGAAAGCACUUCUUCUGAUUCUGAUAGUUCGAAAAACAUGAAAGAUGAUAAAAAAGACUGUAAUGAAACAAGGAAUAAAAACAAAAUUGACAAAAAUGAAGUGGCAAGAAAAGGAAGAUCUGAUGACUAUAAAUCGGAUUCAUCGAAUAAUAAGAAUACGGAAAAGAAUAAAAUUGAUAAUUAUGGAUUAAUGAUGCCGGAUGGUUCUAGUCCGAUUUCAAAAAAAAAAUAUUCAACUCCUCCUAGAUAUGAAAAACCAGUAGAAAACAAAGUAAAGCCAGAUUUUCACAAAGAAUCAAAACCAUUAUCUGAAAAAGAAAAAAAAAGAAAAUUGAAAGAAAUGAUGGAAGAUGCGAAAAUAAGAAAAAAAGAAAGAGAGAAAAGUAUGGCUCAUCAUAGAAAAAUCGAAGCAGAGGAGGAAAAACUUGAAAAUUAUGAUGAUGACUUUAUGAGGAGACAAAUUUCUCAGCUUACAUCUCGAAAUACAAUGGCUGACCGUAUUAAAGCUAACAAAAACAAUAUUCAAAGGUCUAACAAUUCUAUGAACAGCAGUUUCAUGAAAAGAUGA